UGUCUCUCCUCUCUUUCUCUCUACAUUGAUCUCUUUCUCCAUAGACCACAGCCCCUUCUCUCUAUUCUCUCUUCUCUCAAGCUCACUCAAUCUUUUGGUUUUGGUUUUGGUUUCAAAAUCAGAGUAAAUAAAACAAAGGGGAAUAAAAGAUCAAAUCUUGAAGGGAGGGCAGCACUAACUCAUAUAAAUUCACUUUCUGCCUUCCCUUUUUUUAUCUUUCCAGUUGGCUACUGUCCUCCCUCUUUUCUUUUUUUCCUCCACUUCUUAACAUCCCGCAACCAAAACUUGUCUCUGCGCUUGCUUCUUUUGUCUCUCCAUUUCUCGCAGAAGCCACUUCCCUCACUCAUCACAUGACGACCGACUGAACGCGGGAGGAAGGAAAAAGGUGAGAUAUAAAUCAAGUGGAAGAAGAUCCAGCACCGGAUCAUUUAUUACAGCAAGAUUUUUGUAGAGAACAAUUUGGUAGAAUUGGAAAUCGAGGCAUCGAUCCAGCUUUGGGAAUAUUUAAACUAGAGAUGCAACAAGGAGAAGAUGGCGGAGGGGGUUCUAAAUCUCAAUACGGAGGGUCAUCCGAGAUGGGUACUACUCCUGCCCUGGAUGCAACAUCUGCUGCGAUUACUACCGGCGGUCACCCGAUGGGCAUGGACAACGACCAAGCCCAGCUGCAGGUGGAAGCUGCCUCGCCCAUCAGUUGCCGGCCUCCUGCCUCUGAGGCUGUGAAUUUGGAUGAGCUGAUGGCUUUACAGGGUGGUGGUGGUGGUGCAGAUGAGGAUGCGCUUGCUGCCGGUGCCGGAGAUGGAGGAGGUUUUGGCGGCGGAAAUCGGUGGCCUCGUCAAGAGACUUUAGCACUUCUCAAGAUUAGGUCGGAGAUGGACGCAGCCUUCCGUGAUGCAUCACUCAAAGGCCCCCUGUGGGAAGAUAUAUCUAGGAAGCGGGAGAUGGGAUACAAAAGGAGUGCCAAGAAAUGCAAAGAAAAAUUCGAGAACGUCGACAAGUAUUACAAGCGAACAAAGGAAAGCCGGGCUGGUCGUCAAGAUGGGAAAAACUACAAGUUUUUCAGCGAGCUUGAGGCUCUCCAUGGUUCAUUUUCCGGUAGCAGCGUCGCCGGCAAUAGGGGCUUGGUUACUCUCGUAGUGCCGCCGGCGACAACUACCUUCACCACCAUUCACCCUAUGGCUGCUCCGGCUUCCACUGGUAUUGGCAUCGGCGGUAUCUUCAGCAACCCUAUGCCAAUCACAUCCAUCAGAGUUAAUCCCCAAGUACCUCCGGGCUUCGGAAUGUUUCCUUCCAAUCCUAGUUCGGCAGCAGUUGCACCGGCUCCCGUUUCUGGAUCUAUCGGAGCAGCAGCCGCGCCGAUAGGCGUCAGCUUCUCAUCUAAUAGCUUGUCCUCUUCACCGGGAUCCAACGAGGACGACGAUGACGAAGAGGAGAGCCUAGAAGCGGAGCCAUUGAACUUAGGUAGCAGCCGCAAACGUAAACGUCGGGAAUCAUCAAAGGCCGGCGGCAGUAGUGACACCCGUAGAAUGAUGGCGUUCUUCCAGAAUCUAAUGAAACAGGUCAUGCACAAGCAAGAAGCCAUGCAACAAAGAUUUUUAGAGGUAAUGGAGAAGAGAGAGCAAGACAGGAUGAUAAGAGAAGAAGCUUGGAAUAGGCAAGAGAUGGCGAGGCUGGCCCGCGAGCAGGAGCUAAUGGCUCAGGAACGGGCCAUCUCUGCUUCCAGAGAUGCCGCCAUAGUUGGGUUUCUACAAAAGAUAACAGGCCACUCCAUCCAACUACCUACACCUUUAAGCAAUACUCCUGCUGCCCCACCACCUGCCCUUGUCCCCUCACCAAUGCCAGCACCACCACCGCAACCACCUCCCUCACAACAAAAGCCACAACAGCAACAAGUUCUCCGACAUUCUCAUCAACUUACCCAAGUGGUGAUGGCUAUCCCAGAACAGCAGGUACCCCCGCAGGACAUUAGUGGUGGAGGAGGGAGCUUUGAACCAACUUCCUCGAGAUGGCCGAAGGCGGAGGUUCUUGCACUUAUAAAGUUGAGGAGUGGGCUCGAAUCAAGGUAUCAAGAAGCAGGGCCCAAGGGACCACUUUGGGAUGAAAUUUCGGCAGGAAUGCAGCGGAUGGGUUACAAGAGAAGUGCCAAAAGAUGCAAAGAAAAAUGGGAGAACAUCAAUAAGUACUACAAGAAGGUAAAGGAAAGCAACAAAGUACGCCCCGAGGAUGCCAAAACCUGUCCUUAUUUUCACGAACUCGAUGCGCUUUAUCGGAAGAAGAUUCAGGGCGGCUCCAGCAGUACUGGUGGCAGCGGCAACAACGUGAGUUUCCUUUAUCAGAUCAACAGGCCACAGCAGCAAGAGAACAUCGAACUGGAUCCAAGCGAUGCUCCAGAAACUAUUCCGCCACCACAACCACGACCACCACAUGGCCUUGCCAGUACGGAUUCAGAAAACAAAAAUGGAGCUAGGACAGAUGUACGGUCCCAGACAAGCAACAUGGGAUUGGCAGAAGGAAUCUUUGGAGAAGGGAUUGGAGGGGCACCCAAAAAGCCAGAAGACAUUGUAGAUGAGUUAAUAAUAAAGGAACAGCAGGAACAUCAAGGUCAGCAACAAUUAAUUGUAGAUGACUAUGACAAAAACGAGGAAGAUGAUACCGACGAUAUUGAUCAAGAGGAAGAGGAAGACGAGGAUGAAGAGGAGGACGAAGAAUUGGAAGAGAAUAUGAAGAUGGAUUAUAAGAUUGGAUUUCAGAGACAGAAUGCAGUGGCCCCUAAUGGAGGAGAAAAUGGGGCACCCUCCUUUUUGGCCGUAGUUCUAUAGCCUAAUUGGCAUCCAUGGCUACUCAUGUACGAUAUAUUUCUAGCUAUUGGUUCAGAAGCUCAAAUCAAGAAGAAACCUAAUCAUGGCGUACCAAGUUGAAAGCUUGAUAAUUUUAUAUAUUCUAACUUCUUCUUCCAUUUGUCAGUAGCUUUGUUAACGGGGAAACCUUGGAUCGAUGGCAUUGAUCGGUUGUACAAGGUUUUUCCAAUUUGUUGAUUAAUUUGUUGGAGAUUAAUAAACCUUUCAAAGGCAAACGGGACGAGCAAUCUUUCAAUUGAGAGAGAAAAAUAAGCUUGCACCGCAACAGCAUGCGCUCAGUACUGUCACGAUCAUCUUCUUCUUCGUCAAUAAGGUGCACUACUGGAGUGUGGAGAUCUGCAAGGCAAUGAGAUGUUGAUGGUUUUGAAAUCAGGAGAAGAUGUUUCAGGUUAUUUUUAUUUUAUUUUAUUUUUAAAGCUCGGUUUUCUUUCUUCCUUAUUUGCUUAAUUUGGACGAAGAGGAAAAAACUGGGUAUCCUUGUUAUUCAGUUUGUAAUAACUUAAUUUCCAAUUUCCUCUCUUGAAAUA